CACACACACACACACACACACAUGCACAGAGGGCAGUCUUUUUGAGGGAGACAGCAGAUUAGACCUGCUGCUGCUGGUCACCAGCCUGCGGUUAUACCUGCAGUGGAGGGUUUGUACUGGCCAGAAUCGCCACCACAGCCACUGAAUGAAGGUCUAUUCCAGAGAUGCUGCCUGCUCUCCUCCCAGGGAAGCAGUCAGAGGGACUGUGGGGGGACUAGCAGCUAAUUCUUCCCUCAUCUGUCGUCUCAUAAACAGAAAGAGAGAGCGAGGCAAGGAGGAGAUCAGUGGAUGAGCUGCAUGCAACUCAACAAUGAAAUAAGAUUACAUAAAUCAAUGUAUGGGAAACACUGAUUUACUGUGUGGAGCGCAUGCAUAUGCCCGUUUUCGUCUGGUGGGACGAGCUUAGGACAUUGAGGUGACAGCUGCGGAAGGACAGUGUAUUUUCAUAUGCUUACGAUUUUUUUUGUUGCCUUUCCAGAUUUUCGCCCACCCCAGCUUUAAAAGCUGUGAGUUCACCUGUGUAUCGAAACCAGGGAGAAAACCAAGACUCAAAACAAAUCUAAAACGUAACAGUCAAGUUUUAUAUUACCAAAUCAAGUCAGUAUCAUCCAGAUGUAACGCAAUCAUUGUUAUCUUGCCUACCUCGGAACAAGACAUCAUGAAGGAUUUGUCUCUGUCCCUGCUGAGUCGAGGGUGUGGUCGAUUCAUUUCAUCUAACAGAAACACAGGGAGACAAGAUGGACGGCUGGAUGUCUGCUUCACACCGCAGGAUUACUACAUCUGGAAGUCCAAGGACUCUCUCCUGCGACUUUCUAACAGUGGACAUCUGUUUGUGGAGGCAGAAUCAGCCCUUCCAAAGACUUACAGCACUCGUAGGGGGCCACUUCUACUGUACUCACAGGACCUGGUUACUGUAGAAACCAGUGGUAACUCAGAGACCAGAGACAGGAAGCAGCGUGUUGUUGGGAGCUAUACUCGACAAGUGAAACAGCAGCUGAGCACCCUCAAGGAGCUAACAGCCUCCAUUAUGGGCUACAGCAACACUCAGCUCAACUCCUCCAAACUUGGUCCACUCUUCCUUCCUCCUGUUCAUCUCCCUCCUGCUUCAGACCCUCGUUGUCCCAGUCCUCUGCCCCUUCAGACAACACAAGAACAGCCCAGUCCUGAGCUGCUUGUACAGUUGAAUCCCCAGUUGCUUCCUGCGGAGAGAAACUCUGAAGAUAAAGAGGAGGAGCACGGCAGCAGGAAGAGGGUCAGGCUGGAUCUGUUCCUCCAGAUACCCUGCGCCCUUAGGACUCCAACUCCAAAGAUGGAUCCCCAGCCCUGGGUACACUAUGUAGCAACGACCCCUGAAGAACCAGAAGUACCUCAGGCUUACGUAGAUAUGAAUCUGCAGCAAACUGAAAGUUCACAGCAUUCUGAAACAAGUCACCAAAGUUCAGGAGGGGAGGUCAGUUCCCCAAACAUGAACCAGGUCUGUGAUGUGGCAGAUGAUCAAGGCUGUACCAUUCAAGAUAGUGGAAUGACCAGCGACGAAGGCAAAGGUGGAAGAUCGAUAAGUGGGAUCGGACAAGAGAAGAUAGGCUUCCUUCCUCCUCUUCCUCCAGAGGGACAUUCAGUGUGUAAUGGACCUUGCUGGGAGAAGACAGACAGGGUAAAGAUAGACAGGCCGAGAUUGGCGAGCCCCAGCAGUGAUGAAUACCAUGCACCGCGCCUACCUCCCAUAGAAGAGAGUCGUACUGUCGUCCCUGGCCAGACGAUCCAGGGUCAGACCCAGGAAGAUGCCCAAACAAAAAAAGUUGGGUUCCAACCCCAGGAAAAUCUGAGUAGAGUCCAUCUGAAGCCUCUGUUUCUUCCUCUGCUGUUUCCUGAAAAGAUAGGUGAGAAGCAAAAAGGAGGAGGAGAAAAAACAGAGAUUCACUACUUCAAAAAAGAGACAGUAGGACGAGGUGAAGCAGGAGGAGGAAGGCUACCCUCUGAGAAAGGCUCUGUGAUUCUGCUGGAGCCAGGAGAAGAGCCUCCUCCUCCAGUAGGAGUGUUGGGUUGUGUUGCAGGACGGAAAGGCCCGGGCAAGCAGAGCUCUUUGGCCUUCUUACAGAACCUCCAGGAUCCCAGUGAGUCCGGUGAAGCUAACAGAGGCGUAGUUAGGGGCAUUCUUCCUCUGGAGCUGAGAGAUUUGCAGAAUGGCAGACCUGUUGGCAGCCUCAUCUUAGGUCCUGAUGGGGAAAUCAUUCAACUGUCAUUGUACGACAACAGCCAGGACCCAUCUCAGGGUGACGAUGACACACGGGGGCAAGCUCUCCAGGUUUUGUCUGCAGAAGGAGAGGAGUUGCCCUGGGUCAUUGUGCUGCAGCCUGAACACGCACAUACAGGUAUGUGUGCAGAAGGAGAGAUGCAGCUGAACACAGACAUUCCUGUGGAUGGCAUCCAGCACCAUCAGUCUAUGCACAAGUUCUCCAACCAGCUCCUAGAUCUUCACACAUCAACAGAAACGAAUGCACGCUCAGCCAGCAGCCACACAGACGCAGCCGCUGGGACCAAGAAAAAAACAAAGGGUGCAGAUGCAGUGGGAGAAAAUUGGAGAAAGAAUGCUAAAAACAAGGUUAGGUUGCCUCCACUGAGGGAGCGGGUAGGGAAGGAGGAGCCAAGAGGAGGCAACACUGAGGCAGAGGAGGAAGAUGAAGAGGAAGAGCCAGACAGUACAGGACAGAAAGGUCAUUUGUCUGGAUCACAUCAGCCAAGGUUGCUGCAGUUUAAAGAUGAUGUAUCGUGCAGCCAGCAGAGCAUCAGCCUGAAUGAAGCAACAAUAGAUGAAACUGUGGACCAAAGGAGGAAGAAUACUAAGAGGAAGGAUGCUGAGGAAGCUGCAACAACCGCAGGGAACAGAGACGUGAAAACAGUUAAAAGUCCCUCAUCAGAUGGACAGAAAACAUCAGUGACGAGGAGGGAAGGAAGAGGGCAGAGGCAAAAGACAGGAAGUGAUGCUCAGUCAAUCAGGCACCAGAAACAAGAAGAGAGGACCAACAGAGAAGCAGCAGAGACUCAGGACCGUUCUGCUCUCCCUCCUGUGAAAAAGAAGAUGACAAACAGGGAAGAAAAAAGAGGAGACCUGAGGAUGAAAGAGGAGAGAGAAGAGCAAGAAGAAGUGGUGAGGGAGAGGGAAAAGUCUGCUGGGAGGAGGAGGAGGAGGAAGAGAGGAGGGCUGGAACAUAAAGAGUUAGAUAAUGAGAACCAUAAAGAUCCUCUGGAGAAGGAGGAGGCGGAGAUCAAACAGGAAAUGGAAGAGGAGUCUCACCUAAAAUCUACCAAAAGGCCCUCGGCAUCACAAAGACACAAUGACAAAACAAAGACAUAUUCAGAGGAGGACAUGGACCCUGAGCGUCUUUCCACCAAUGCUGACAAACACGGCAGCAUCCGAUCAAUGAGCUCGCUCAGAUCCGCUGCUGCUUCAUUCAACCAGAGGAGCUCGAGGAGGUCUGCUGCCUCCUCUUCCUGUGACGGGGCAGCGCUGGCCAGUGCCCUGGGUCUCACUUCAUCACAUGGCCGCCUGUCGUCAUGUUCAACUGUUAUGGUGCUGGAGGAACAGCUGAUGCUGAACCCAGUAAAGCCGGAGUCCACCAGGCCCAGAAAGAGUCACGAGGAGGAGCAGGCGGAGGCUGCUGCUCUGCGUCUGGCCCAGCGAGCAGAGAGACGGAGGCAGGAGGUGGAGAGGAAGAGGAGAGAGCGGGAGGAAGAGGAGAGGCAGCAGCAGGAGAGGGAGCAGACAGAAGAGAGGAUGAAGGGCGAGCUGGAGGAGGAGAGGAGGAAGAGAGCUGAGGAGCUCAGACUGAAGAAGCUGGCGGAGGAGGAGGAGAGGAGGAAGCGUGAGGAAGAGAAGGAGGAGCAAGCGAGACGGGAACAGGCGCAAAGAGAAAGAGAGAGGAGGAGGCAGGAGGAGAGGAGGCGGCAGAUGGAGCGACUCCAGAAGAUGAGGGAGGAGGAGGAACAGAGGAGGAAAGCUGAACUAGAGCGUCUGCGCCUGGAAGAGGAGAGGAGGCAGGAGGAGGAGAACAAGAAGCUGCAGGAGAUGGAUGAGGACGAGAGGAUAGAGUACCUCUGCAGGAAGAAGCAGGAGGAGGAGAACAGGAGGAGGGAAGAGGAGGAGUGUAAGAGGAGAGAAGAGGAGGCUGCCUUGCAGGCUGCAGAGGAGGCCAGGCUGCAGGCUGAGCUACUCGCUAGACAGAUGGCGCUGUUGCAGCAGCAGUUGGCUUUUAAGAGGGGUCUUAAGUUGGAGGCUGGAGGUCUGGAGAAAACUCAGGGCAUCUCCAGACCCUGGAUCUACUCUUAUUUCACUUUGUUACAGCUGUUGGGUCUAAAUCCAACCAAAGGUGAGACCAUGACCUCUGACAUUUAACCUACAACUGAGACCAUGAUGGACAAAUGAAAACUUUUUUUUUUUGACAAAAUAGUUCAGUACAGAAGCCCUGAGAGUUAAGGUGAAAAAUUAGGGCAAAACCUAAGUUUAUCUCCUACGUAUAAAAAAAGAACAUUCUCUG